AUGGAGACAACAGACCCCUUUCUCCAAGUCCAAGCGGACGUCCUCGCAACCCUCCAAACCAGCCGGCCACUCUUCUCCUCAUACCUCCGCAUCCGCUCCCUCGCCAAAUCCCCCAACAACCCCGAACUCAACCAAUCCCGCGACGAGCUCGAAACAACCCUCACCGAACUAACCGCCGACCUCGACGACCUGGUCGAAUCCGUCCGCGCCAUCGAACAAGACCCCUACCGCUUCGGCCUCGAACUCGACGAAGUCCAGCGCCGGCGCAAACUAGUCGACGAUGUGGGCGGGGAAAUCGAGCAAAUGCGCACCGAGCUGGCGCAGGCCGUUUCCGCAGCGCCGGCAGCGGAGCUGCCUAAUCCGACGGAAUUUGAUGCCGCGUUGGAUGAGGAGGAGGGGGGGGAUGAUUAUUAUGCGUCGUUGGAGCAGCAGCGGCAGACGGAGUUGAUGCAUGAGCAGGAUGAGCAGUUGGAUGGGGUGUUUCGGACGGUGGGGAACUUGAGACAGCAGGCGAAUGAUAUGGGGCGGGAGUUGGAGGAUCAGGCUGUGAUGAUUGAGGAGGUUGAUACGCUUGCGGAUCGGGUGGGUGGGAAGUUGAAUAAUGGGAUGGCGCGGAUACGGCAUAUCGUGCGCCAGAAUGAGGACACAUGGUCAUCCUUUUGCAUCGCGGCGCUGAUCUUCGCCCUCGUGCUAUUAUUAAUUCUCGUUAUCGUCCUGUGA